AUGGCUUCAGAACAACCAACUAUCCGAAUUGGCUACGUGCCCGAACACUACCUCGCCCCGCUGCACCUAGCCCUCCGCUCCGCGGCCGCCAACACCCUCCCCUUCAAACUCGCUCUGACCCCCUUCCCAUCCGGAACAGGGCAUAUGAUUACAUCGCUACGCUCCGGCGAAAUCGACAUCGCGAUUGGACUCACAGAAGGCUGGAUAGCCGGGCUCGCAGGCAAACAGGCACCCGCCGACGAAAGCGAGCGCGGAUACAAAGUCGUCGGCCAUUGGGUUGAUACCCCGCUGCGUUGGGCAAUUGUUACGGGGGGAAAGAGGAACGAGUUGACGGACGUGAAGGGGCUAGAGGGGGGGCGGGUUGGGGUUAGUCGGUUAGGGAGCGGGUCGCAUAUAAUGUCAUUCGUUCUCGCGCAGCAACAAGGCUGGAAAUCUUCUUCGUUGACGCCCGUUGUAACGGGUCCAUUCGGGGCUCUACGGGAUGCUGUCACGGGUGACAACGAGGCAAAGAGCCCAUCGGCGGAGUUCUUCAUGUGGGAACAGUUUACCACAAAACCUUAUUUCCAUGCUACAAGCGACAACCCCAAGCCGCCGCUCAAGAAGAUCGGGGAGAUCUUUACCCCUUGGCCAUCCUGGAUGGUUGUUGCGUCGACGGCGGUGUUUCCGGGCCCGGAGGGUGAUGAGCGGCUGAAGAAGCUGUUCGAGGUGUUUGAUGAAGGUGUCAAAGAGUUCAAUGCGGAUUUGGGGAGGGUUGUUUCCCUCUUGGGCACUGGAGAGCUGGGCUGUACCUAUGGACAGGAGGAUGCGAGUGAGUGGAUUAAGGAUGUCAAGUUCAGUGAAGGGACUAGAGGUGUUAGUGGGAAGGUCGUCGAGGGUGUCGUGGAUGUCCUCAAGGUUGCGGGAGUUAUUGAUUCGGGAUUGCAGAACGAGGAGGCCGUGCGGAGGGUGGUGGGUAUCCAAAGAUGA